UGCGGUGCAGUUUACGAACACAAUUAGCCUUCAUGGUUACAAAUCAAAGGUCCGUAAAGAAACCGUUGGCCAAGAAGAUCCAGACUGAGUCUGCAGUACGUGGUCCAUUUCUCACUGAGAAAUUUCGACGUACCCACACCGCAUCGCUGUAGCUCCACAAGUGGCACUUGUCACUCUGCAGCAGCUCUCUGCGGGAGAUGGAGAAGGAAAGGCGGCGGUGGAUCUUAUAGCAGCCCGUUACUGUUGCUGCGGGAGCUUCGGAACCGACCCGGACCUUCUAUCUCCCUCUGCUUGCUCCAACAAUGAAGUGUUAUCCGGACCUCGAUAUUCACUCUGGCUCGCCGUGCACCUCAAUGGGAUAGUAUACCGUAUGCUUCAGCCACAUCACCACAGCGCUGGAAAUGGAGGCACCCAAUGGCUACCCUGCAAGUAACGGCCAAUGUUCUCCAGGUAAGGAGAAGUCAAGAAUGACACCAUCUAAUGGACAAAAUGAGCUUUAUGGCCAUAUUUCUCCAAGCGAACUGAGCGAUAAACAGAUAAAGCAAGAAGACGCAAGUGAGGAUGCUGACAACAGGAGUCCAGCGUGUGAGGCUCAAACAGGAGAAGAAAGGACAUCUGUGGGGGAAUCAAUUGCCGGCAGCCCAACUAAUGGACAGGAUGGGUUAUCUGGACAAAAAAUGGCCAUGGAUGCCACCAGUCGACACCCAAACGGUGACCGGCCCUUCCAGUGCAACCAGUGUGGUGUCUCAUUCACGCAGAAGGGAAAUCUGCUGCGACACAUUAAGUUGCACACAGGUGAAAAACCCUUCAAGUGCCCGUUUUGCAGCUACGCCUGCCGCCGCCGCGAUGCUCUAACGGGUCAUUUGCGCACUCAUGCUGUUGGCAAACCACACAAGUGUAACUACUGUGGGCGGAGCUACAAACAGCGUAGUUCCCUCGAAGAGCACAAAGAACGCUGCCACAGUUACCUGCAGAGCAUUGGUCUGGACCCAACUCCCAGCACGGGCUCUUAUGGAGGUGAGGUUGCUAAAGAGCCAAGGCCUAUGACUACAUUUGAGCGGCCGCUCGUGAUUGAAAGAAUGCACAAUAAUGUUGGGAAAAGGAAGAGCAGCACACCACAGAAAUUUGUGGGUGGAAAGAUGGUGCGCUACAGUUACCCCGAAAUGGGAUAUGAGAUGGGCCUCAAGUUUGAGAAGCAGGCUGAACUGUUGUCAGCUCACAUGAUGGACCAAUCUUUGGGUAAUGCCAUGACAUACUUGGGAUCAGACACAAUUCGGCCCAUUCUCCAGCACACGGGGCACCCCCUCUCCAUGACUGAGGUUGUGCCCAUGGUCAACCCACUCUACCAUCACAUUCUGCCUCUAGAUCAGAGAGUUGAGCGCACAGGGAAUAUUGACUCAGCUCCACCUCAACGCCCAUUACCCUCUGAUUUCCCCAGCCACAACAACUCCAAUGGGCCCACUUCUUUGACUCGGGAUGGUAAGCCAACUCAGUCGAGACAUGAAGAGUCACCAAGCAACAGUGGAGAAGACUCACCUGAGUCGGCUCGCAGCAGCCCUCAGGAACGACAUGCUAACUCUAGUAGCAAUGUCCCGUCCAGUCUCAGGUCACGCUCAAGUCCUACCGUUUAUUCAGGUGAUCAUGUGAAAGAUGUGUUACCAAGAAUUGGGUCAGGAACUGGGAGUGGGGUAUUGCGAGAAUCUUUAGAGAGGCCCGCAGUCCAGGAAGGGGUGCGAGUGUUUGGACGAGAAGGCCGAGAGUUACGGGCCUUCCAGUGCGACCAUUGCCAAGUGCUGUUCCUGGACCAUGUCAUGUACACCAUCCACAUGGGUUGCCAUGGAUACAGGGAUCCGAUGGAAUGUAACAUCUGUGGUCACCACAGCAAAGACCGUUAUGAGUUCUCCUCCCACAUCGUCCGCGGUGAACAUACAUUUCGGUGAAAGGAUGGAUUCAUAUUUAAAGACAAGUAAGGGGAAGACUUUAUUUCUCCCGAUUUAACCUUUAAUGGCGCUGCAGUCUCAUGUAGCACCGGUACAGACUUUACAGCUACAAAAGUGAAUCUGAACAGCUGAACAACCAUAUGAAGGCUUUACAGCAGUGUAUGCUGCUGUAAACAUGACCAAAUUGCUUGUAUUGAAACCAUUUUAAAAGCUUGCUAAAACAGACCUCAAGGAUUACUUCAACCAAAACUACUUUCUUCAGCAACGCACAAUGUGACCUGUGUAGUGUUUGUCACCAAGUCAUUUUCUUUAGCCUCAUAAUUCUCACUGUGCACAAACAACGAAGGAGCAUGAGGACCACACUGUAAAGAAAAUAUUACAAGAAUACAGUUCAAUAAUUGUAAGAAUAAAUUUGGAAUUAGGAGAAUAAAGUUAAGCGGUUAUGUUUUGGCACAUCAUUAUCUUCAGUAAGUAAUGCAAGUCACAGCGCAAACCUUUGUUCUAGAAAGAGCAACACUCACUAUUUUAUCGAGAUUUUUUUUAACAUUAAUCAGUAGUGCUUUACUUACCAAAUAGUAAAAUAAUAUUACGAGACGAAGUUGCAGUGUAUGGCAGGUUUCGAGAGAGAGAUAGUGUUUUUUGCGUAUACAUUUGUGAGAAUUUUGACAUUCGCAUUACAACACAACUUUAAUUUUUUUUCCCCCAGUAAUAUUACGACUUAAAUUUUGUAACCUAACUUUUUUUCUGGUUAUUUCUUUUUCCCUUCCAAUGUGGCCCUAAUUGUCUUUUCUCACCAAGAACAAAAGUGUGCUGAAAAUUGUAGUUUGGUCACCUAAUGCUGCUCAGGGUCCAUUUGGACUUGAUUGCUUGUGGAAAUAUUGCUUCUCAUUGUGUUAUGCAUUUACAGGUAUAUUCACGCUUGUGCCAUCAUAUUUAGCUUAGCUUUGUGACAGUAUUUAUUUUGUUAGCGUUAUUUCCAAGGUUCAAUUUUCCAACAUUAAUAUAUGGUUUACAUUUUAAUCACAGUGAAAUAUUGAGGGAAUGACCAUUCCCUCUGCAUAUUUCCACCACUUAAAAUCAUCAAACGAAAUGUAGCUCUCCCCCAGUAAAUACAAAAUGCAGUAAUUGAAUGAUAAUUUCAUUUGCUAAAGCUGCUGAAAACAAGUGUGCUUCAGCUAGAGGUCAUGAAGUGGUUGUCGAACAUUCUCCUUUAGCAUUUUUUAGUGUACAGCAGAUUUCAUGGUUCCAUCAGUGACAAUAAAUCGUCCAGGCAGUGAAUGCGAAAAGCAGCUCCAGGCCAUUCGCUAUAUUUGACUCUUGCUGUGUUCUUUUUAAAAAAUGCCAGAUGUAACAAGAAACAUGACUUUCAAAAAUACCAACUUUGAUCUUGUCAGUGUCCAAAGGUUUGGGGGAUUAUUCAGAUAUUUAUUUGAAAAUGUAAGAUGAGCCUUUGGGUUCUUUUUGUUCAGCAGGGGUUUUCGCUCUGGAAGUCUGUCAUGAAAUCUGUUUCUUCCCAGUCACUUCCUUAUUGUUGAGUCAUGAACACUGACCUUAAUCAGGCAAGGCACACCUGCAGUUCUCGAGACGUUGUCCUGGGUUUCAAUGUGAUCUCCUGGAUGUCUCAUCGGUGUUCUUGAGGUACUUUUGGUAGGUCGGCGACUUCUUAGGAUUGGAAACCUUUUACCUUUUAGUGUUUUGUCCAUUUGUGGACAGUUGCUCUCAUUGUGAUGUGUUGGAGCCCUAAAGCUUUAGCUUUAGAAAUGUCUUUGAAGCCCUUUACAGAAUUCGGAAAGUGUCACUUAUGAUAUGUUGCCAAACUGUUGUUGAAGUUCUUUGCAUCGUACAAUUUUGUUACAGCUUUUUGAGAUAUCUUGGCAAGCUUCACUUUAUCAGACAGGCUCUAUUUAAGGGAUUGAUGUAACAUUUCUGGUAGUAACCAUGCUUGGGUAUGGUCAGCGAAAUUGACCCCAGUUGUCACAAAAAUGAGACAGUUAACAAUUACAAACAUUAGACCAUUAACAGUUUCACCUAUGUCGAACUACUUUGUAGGUUUGGAUAGCUCCCCCUCCCGUGAAACAUUAAAUU